AUGCAGUUCACCAAGACUAUCCUCCUCCUCGCCUCGGCCCUCGUGCCCAUGGCCUUCGCCGCUGAGCAGGCUUCUACCACUCCCUGCGUGACCAGCACCAUCACUCUGGUGCCCUCCGGUUACACUCCUUCCACCUCGACCCCAACUCCCACCCCUACGUCGACCUCAACCCCGACCUCCACUCCCACCCCUACCAGCACCCCGGUCUUCUCCAGCUCCUCCUUCGUCCAUGUGUCCAGCUCUACUCCUCUGAUCAAGAGCACUUCCACCGUCGUCGAGGUCAACACCGAGACUGCUGCUCCCUCGGCUGCCUCUACCUCCGCUUUCGCUUCCGCGCACGCCAACGGCGCCUCCAUGCGCCAGGUCUCUGGUGCCAUGGCCGCCGGUGUGGUUGCCGUCGCCGGUCUGCUUAUGGUUUAA